CCGGUCCAACCUUCAGUCCAUCAAGAUGGCUCAGAGAGGUGGGCAGACAACUGGAGACCUCAGGCGAUCAAGUGGGAACAGGAUGUUUCUGGUGAUGAGAAGGGGCCAGGGCGAAGAGGCAGGAGCAGAGGGAUCCUCUUCUCCUGUCUCCAUCUAUGCCCUUGACCACCCUCCCAACACCAGAGACAGGUCUCAUCUGUGCUAUGUCUUUGAAGGUCCAUGGAGCUGCAUGGGUCACAGGCCCUGAGCCAACAGGCUGAGCUGAUCUCUCGACAGCUCCAAGAGCUGCGGCGAUUCGAGGAUGAGGUCCGGGUCCUGCGGGAGACCUCACUACAGCAGAAGAUGAGGCUGGAGGCCCAGGCCAUGGAGCUGGAGGCUCUGGCACGGGCAGAGAAGGCUGGCCGAGCUGAGGCCGAGGGCCUGCGUGCUGCCUUGGCUGGGGCUGAGCUUGUCCGAAAGAACCUGGAAGAGGGGAACCAGCGGGAACUGGAGGAGGUUCAGAGGUUGCACCAAGAACAGCUCUCCUCCCUGACAAAGACUCACCAGGAGGCUCUUUACAGUUUGACCAACAAAGCUGAGGGCUUGGAGAGGUCUCUGAAUAGUCUGGAAACCAGGAGGGCAGGGGAAGCCAAGGAGCUGGCCAUGGCCCAGAAGGAGGCUGAGCUGCUGCGGAAGGAGCUGAGCAAGACUCAAGAGGACUUGAAGGCGCAGGUGACCUUGGUUGAGAACCUAAGGAGAUAUGUGGGGGAGCAAGUCCCUCCUGAAAUCCACAGCCAGACAUGGGAAUCAGAGCGACAGGAGCUUCUAGAAAAUGUGCAACACUUGCAGGAGGCCCGGGACGGCCUGCAUACCACGGUGGAGCUGCUGCAGGUGCGAGUGCAGAGCCUCCUGCACAUCCUCACCAUGCAAGAGGAGGAGCUAGCCAGGAAGGUUCAACCUUCAGAUUCCCUGGAGCUGGAAUUCACCAGGAAGUGCCAGGCCCUGCUGAAACAAUGGCGGGAGAAGGUGUUUGCCCUCAUGGUGCAGCUAAAGGCCCAGGAGCUGGAGCACAGAGGACAUGUGCAGCAGCUGAAGGGACAGUUGACAGAGCUCCAGGAAAUAACUGCAGCCCAGAGUCAGGAGCAGGCCAUCCUGCAGCGUUCCCUGCAGGACAAAGCCGCAGAGGUGGAGGUGGAGCGGAUGGGUGCCAAGGCCUUGCAGAUGGAGCUGAGCCGGGCUCAGGAGGCCCGGCAGCGGCAGGAACAGCAUAGUGCCAUGACUGAGGGGCACCUGAAGCUUGUGGCCGGUGCUGUCAGCAGCUUUCAGACCUGGCUCCAGGACACCGCGGCUGAGGUGGAACAGGCUGCAGCCCGGCUGCCCAGCCUCAGCAGCCGAGUCAGCUAUGCUGUCCGCAAGGUCUACACCAUUCGGGGUCUAAUGGCUCGAAAACUGGCCCUUGCUCAGCUGCGCCAGGAGAGCUGCCCUCUACCCCCACCAGCCAUGGAUGUGAACCUUGAGUUGGAGCAGCUGCGGGAAGAACGGAACCGUCUGGAUGCAGAACUGCAGCUGAGUGCCCACCUCAUCCAGCAGGAGGUGGGCCUGGCCCAGCAGCAAGGGGAGGCGGAGCGGCAGCGGCUAAGUGAGGUUGCCCAGCAGCUGGAGCAGGAGCUGCAGCGGACGCAGGAGUCCCUGGCCAGUGUGGGGUUGCAGCUGGAAGCGGCCCGCCAGGGCCAGCAGGAGAGCACAGAGGAGGCUGCCGGUCUCCGGCAGGAGCUGACCCAGCAGCAGGAGCUUUGUGGGCAAGCUCUGCAAGAGAAGGUGGCCGAAGUGGAAACGCGGCUACGGGAACAGCUCUCAGAAACAGAAAGGAGGCUGAGUGAGGCUCGGAGGGAACAGGCCAAGGCUGUAGUCUCCCUGUGCCAGAUACAGCACAAAGCCACCUGGGAAAAGGAGCGGAGUCAAGAGCUCAGACGUCUGCAGGAGGAGGCCUGGAAGGAGGAGGGACUGCGGCUGACCCAGCGCUUGCAGCAUCUGGAGAGGGAUAAGGACCUCAUGCUGGCCACCUUGCAGCAGGAAGGUCUCCUCUCCCAUUACAAGCAGCAGCGACUCUUGGCAGUUUUGCCUUCCCUACUGGAUAAGGGGAAAUCUGUGGAGCCCAGCCUCAGGCCCUCAGGGUCUCCAGCUUCUCUACUUCCAGCAAUGGCACCCUCUUCCAGGGAGUCCAUAAAAGGAUCCCUCUCUGUCCUGCUUGAUGACCUGCAGGGCUUGAGCGAGGCCAUUUCCAAAGAGGAAGCUAUUUCUCAAGGAGACAACCAGAACUCUCCUGCAACAGUCUGCCAGUGAGGAGCAGAGUAUGCUGGGCAUCUAGGAGCUCCAGGGGGUCAGAAGGAUCUUGGAGAAGUGGUAGGGGUUGGGGGGUGGGGAUCCAGCCCUGUCUUCUUUCCUAUCCAGCUGCCCUUGGGGACAACUGGCCACCAACAUGUCUGAAUUCUCUUGUGGCUCAAUAAAGAUGAUGACAGUGGGAGCCAUUGUUUGAACAUGUUGUCUUGGGAAUCUAAAGGAAUUCUCCCUGCAGCCAUCUCUUCCCAGGGAAUGUGAGGGGGGUGCCACCCAGAUCUAAUGGUACCUUUUUCAAAAUUCCUUUCCUGGCUGCUUGGGAAGUGUUUUUUUGAGAAGCUGCA